AUGCUCCAAAAGAGUUCUCGACUGACACAUAAUUUGAAGAAGCUAUACGCUACCAUCAUGAGCGAUUUAGGCGGCCCCAGCGGUAACGAGCGGCCUGUUGACUCCAGAAAGAGACUAUCGACGAGCAGUUUAUCAGCUGCAGCGGACCAGGGCGAGUCGAGCGAGCCCUCUGAGGCCAUAGAAGUUAAAAAGAAGAAAAAAUUGCCCAUGGGAGAACUGCGAGACAGCGCGGGCUUCAAGAUCAAGGUCCAGGAAUCAACGCAUCUGCGCAACAAGCAAGUGGAUCCAGAUUAUGAAGUAAAAGUGGAAGGUCCAUUGCGAAAGAUCGUGCCAUACCAUUUCACCUAUAAAACGUUUUGCAAACUGCGGUGGCGCGACCGGCCACUGAUCGACAUUUUCGUCAGUGAGUUUCGCGACCGGGAGGAAGCAUACUACCGCAAGACCAUUGCCAACGGCUCUGUUAUGCUAAACGACAGUCCUGCAGAUCUACAGUCGAUCGUGCGUAACGGUGACCUUAUCAUGCAUCGUAUCCACCGUCACGAGCCGCCCGUUACAUCCAGACCCGUGAAGAUUGUUUUCGAGGACAGCGACAUCCUCGUCAUCGACAAGCCAAGCGGCAUUCCUGUGCACCCUACGGGACGGUACCGUUUUAACACAGUUACGAAGAUUUUGCAGAAGCAGAUGGGCAUCGCGGUUCACCCUUGCAACAGGCUCGAUCGACUCACAAGUGGACUCAUGUUUUUGGCCAAAACGCCAGCGGGCGCAGACCGCAUGGCAAACCAGUUGAAAGCACGAGAAGUCAAGAAAGAGUACAUUGCGCGUGUGGUAGGCGAAUUUCCGGUCGAAACUAUCAAGGUCUCGAAACCGCUGCGGUGUGUCGAGCCACGACUGGCGCUAAAUGCGGUCUGUGACAUUGACAACGACGGUGCCAAAGAGGCAGAAACCGUGUUCACGCGGGUCAGCUAUGACGGACAGACCAGUUUGGUCAAGUGCCAGCCACACACGGGGAGAACGCACCAGAUUCGGGUCCAUUUGCAGUAUUUGGGCCACCCCAUUGCAAACGAUCCGUUAUACUCGAACCCACAGGUUUGGGGACCGUCUCUGGGCAGAGGCCAGUCGCAAGACCACACCGACGUCAUCCAGGCGUUAUCGCAAGUUGGCAAGGAUGUGUGUGCCGAAAGUUGGUUCCACCCAGACUCGGCUGGCGAGCUCUUGACCGGUAACAGGUGUCCUGAGUGCGAGACAGAGCUGUACACAGAUCCGGGUCCCAACGAUCUGGAUCUUUGGCUGCAUGCCUACUGUUACGAGUCCACCGAAUUUGACGACGCGGGAUUGCGUUUGUGGAGCUACAAGACUGAGUUUCCGGACUGGGCCUUACAACCACACCGCAGGUACAUGGAACAGGCACUACAGGAAGCCCAGAAAUGUGGGCCCACGACCACCGCUUUUAGCGUUGGCGCCGUCUUGGUAUGUGGCGACCGCGUUUUAGCCUCGGGACAUUCCAGGGAACUGCCAGGCAACACACACGCGGAACAGUGCGCAUUAGACAAGUACUCUAGCGCGACGGGCCUUGCUCGGGUUCCUGUGGGCAGUGCACUCUACACGACCAUGGAACCGUGUUCACUGCGUUUAAGUGGACAAUUGCCAUGUGUGGACCGCAUCCUUGCUCAAAAUAAACACAUUCGGACCGUGUUCGUUGGUGUUAUGGAGCCUGACACCUUUGUACAGAACAAUAAUAGUCGGGCGAAGCUUUCCCAGCAUGAAAUCGAUUACGUGCUAAUUCCCGGAUACGAAAGUGCUUGUACUGCCGCUGCUAUCAAGGGCCACGACGCCAAAAUCAAACAGUAG